UCUCUGAGAGAGAGAGAGAGAAAGAGUGGUUCCCUGUUUCCCCGUCUCAAGUCCCUUAUUUUUCUUCUCUUAUUUGAAAAAAUCCUUCUCUUUCUUUCUCUCGUCUUUUUCUCUGUCUCUGCUCCUCUCUUUCCCUGUUUAGAGAGAGGUAACAGGCAAAAUGGGGUUAUGGGUUCAUUCCAGUUUCCUUGUUUCAUCGUCAUUGUUCAUGGUUUUGGGUAUUGUUUACCAAGGAAAUGCGGCUGCCUAUGGCCCUGUCUCUGGAUGUGAUUUCUUUACAGGCAGGUGGGUUUUUGAUCCGUCUUACCCUCUGUACUCCGCGUCUGCUUGCCCUUUCAUUAAGAGAGAGUUCAGUUGCCAAAAAAAUGGACGCCAAGACCUGAUUUACACACAGUAUAGAUGGCAGCCUCUUGAUUGCACCUUGACAAGAUUUAAUGCAUUCAACUUCCUAGAAAAGUUUAGCGGGAAGAGCAUAAUGUUUGUGGGGGACUCUCUAAGUCGAAACCAAUGGCAAUCCUUGACAUGCAUGCUUCAUUCUGCAGUUCCCAAUGCCGAAUUCAACAUUACUAGAGUAGGAGAUGUCUCCACAUUUGAAUUCCUGGAUUAUGGAGUUAAGGUAAUGCUUGAUCGCAGUGUGUAUCUGGUAGAUGUUGUGAUGGAAAAGAUUGGGAGGGUCUUGAAGCUUGACUCAAUCGAAGGAGGCAAGCUAUGGAAAGGAAUUGACAUGCUUAUCUUCAAUACUUGGCAUUGGUGGAACCGUCGCGGACCCACUCAACCAUGGGAUUUCAUUGAAGUAGGAGGAGUAAUUAAGAAAGAUAUGGAUCGGAUGCUUGCUUUCGAAACAGCUCUCAACACAUGGGCUAGAUGGGUGGAUGCCAACAUUGAUCCUGCCAAAUCUCUUGUCUUUUUCCAGGGAAUUUCUCCAUCUCAUUACAAUGGAUCAUCUUGGAAUGAACCCAAGGCAAAGAACUGUCUAGGGCAGAAGCAGCCAUUGCUUGGUACAACAUAUCCAGGAGGUUUACCACCAGCUUUGGAUGUGCUGAAGAAGGUUUUAAGCACAGUGAAAAAACCUGUUAAGUUGCUAGAUAUAACCAUGCUCUCGUUGCUACGCAAAGAUGGACAUCCUUCAAUGUAUGGGCUUGGAGCACCGUUAGGAAUGGAUUGCAGCCAUUGGUGUCUUGCAGGAGUUCCAGAUACUUGGAACGAGAUUCUUUACAAUCUUAUUCUUUGAACAUCGAUUUGUUAACGUGAACUAAUAAUGUCAUAAUGAUGAUCAAGUGCUCAUUUGAUUCUUACCUCACUAUCGGCUCAUCACACAGAGCUCAUGUGAUGGGCUAGAGGCCAACGUGUAAACUCUCACUUACAAAUUUAGUUCCUCUUUUCCUUAAUCCGAAUCCAUUAAUAUUAUUUGAUAUUAA